UUUCGGUCCUCUCACUUCGGCCAUCCGUCGCCGCCGCUGCCCACGCCGCUGCAGCCGUCGCCGCACGCCGCCCAGCCCGCCUCCGCAUAUAUGAGACUGGCCCGCUCCAGCCUCCUCGCCGCCGCCGCAGCCAGCGUCGCGCCGUCGCUGGCGCCCGGCGAAACCGCCGCUGCGCCAGUCGCUUCCUCCUCCUCCAUAUCGCUGCCUCUCGAGAGGAUGGGAGGAGGCGUCCUGACCACGGGUGCCUUCAUCGACGGCGAGCGCUUCCGACUGAUUGUCGACACCGGCUCGCCCUACCUUGUCGUGCCGCUCGAGGAAAAGUGCGCCGCGCAGUCGCCUCGGCUCUCCUAUUACGGGUGCGCCUCGCCUGGUCGGUUCCGCGCCGCGGGCUUCCCGCCCACCUCCGAGCAGUACGGGGCGCUGCCCGGCCGGGUCCGCUGGCUGAAAGGCGGCGUGCGCUUUGGAGACGCGCAGCCCGAACGCGAGUACGCCGCCGUCUUUGGCGCCGCCGACCGCGCGGUGAUGAGCCAGAGUGGAGGUGCGCUGCUCGGGCUGAUCCGGCAGGUGAGCACGCAGCCGGGCAGCACCAUCCCGAGGGAGGACCUGCGGCCGACCGCGCUCGCUCAGCUCGGCGUCUCCUCCUUUAGCCUCGACGCGCCCCGGCGCAGACUCACCCUCUCGAGCGAGCCGCUCCUCGGCGAGAAGGAGGAUGCGCUGCAGCUGGUCGACCCGCGCCCCUUUGGCGACGGAGUAGAGCACGUCUGCAUCCGCGUCGAAGGCGACGCAGUCGCAGUCAACGGAGCGACGCGGGUGGCGCGCCGCCCCGUGCUGUGCGUCUUGGACAGCGGCCUCAGCGGCUGCGUCCUCUCGCAAUCGCUCGCGGACGAGCUCGGCCUCGGAGGCGGGCCGCUCGAGUCGCUCGAGGUGGCGGUCCGGACGGAGAGCGGCCGGAGGGUCGUCCUCGGCUCGAGCCGGCGGCAGUCGAGCCUCUUCUACGCGCAGCAGAUCCCCCUCAACUGGUUCAGCGACCGCAGCAACGGGCCGCACGUCGUCGCGCUCGGGCAGUGUGUGCUGCAGGGAGGCGCACUGACUGUCGACGGCGCGACGAGGAGAGCAACGUGGGCCCCCGCGUAGCAGUAAGCAUAGUCCUUUCUUGCUGAGGUUGAUGCUGUUGUUGUUCGCGCCUCUUUCGGUCACUCACGGUGUAAAUAAAUAAAUAAAACGGUCAAACUCUG